GAAUUUUCCGUGGACGACGAUGGCGGAUGCAGCAGAUCUUCCCGGCGCUUCUUCCAGCCAGAAGAUGUCGUCGAAAGUUUUAAGGCAAAAAGCACAAGAGUUUCUGGCUUCAAGAAAGCACGCGAACAAUCUAGUAGACAUAAUAGUUCAGUGGGACGAAUCCACUUCGUCGUGUCUACUCACGAUAGAGACGAUGUUUGUUGAGGUCUUAAGAAGAGGCGAUAUGUAUCUUGAACGUACAAUAACGCUCACGAUUUCAGAGCCAAGUCCGGAGGCAAGAUACAUCAACUGGUUGAGAAACUGUUAUGAAGAAAUAUGGGAGAAAAUAUUAUUGUCGAUAGAGAAAUGUCGACCUGCUAUUCAACUACAAGCUCUCACUACUGCUAUUAAACUUAUGGCAGAGGAAGGAAAGAAUCCCUUGGAACCAACUGGGAAUUUAGGGUAUUACUUUCCACUACAUCGGUUGAAACCUAUCCUGAUGAGCUUACUCUCACCAGAGAAAGACAAUACCAGUUUAAUAUUUAGAUUUCAAGAAAUCAUAGAAUACCCUGAUGCCCUUUAUUAUACAUGGAAAUGUCUUCCUUCGUUGACUCCAAAAAGACAACCACACGAAGCUUACAUAAAAAAUUUACUCGAGCUUAUACACAAGUUGCCAUUGCCAAAGGAAACUCCUGAAUUUGGCAUGUCUGAAUAUAAAAAUUUACUAUGUGGGUCACAGCAAGAUACUAAACCCUUUGUAUGGGAUCAAGCAGGAGCUAGACGUGCACUUAACAAAGUCUGGGUUUGUGUUAUGCAUUGGGAAUUGACUCCACAGUUGCACAAACAGUUAUUGAUAGUUCUUCUAGAACGAGUGAUGUCACAUCUAGAGAAGCCUGUUCUAUUAACAGACUUCCUUAUGGACUCUAUGGAUGCAGAUGGACCUAUUGGUUUACUUGCGUUACAAGGUGUAUUUGUACUGGUUACCAAGCACAACUUGGAAUACCCCAAUAUUUUUACCAAACUUUAUUCUAUGUUCGAACCAGAAAUCUUUCACACAAAGUACAAAGCUCGUUUGUUUUAUUUGUCCGAUCUUUUCCUUAGUUCGACGCACUUACCAGAAGCUUUAGUUGCUGCCUUCGCCAAACGACUCGCGCGUUUAACUCUUGUCGCACCACCCGAAGAUAUUCUUAUUAUUUUACUAUUUGUUGGGAAUCUCCUACUUAGGCAUCCUGGUUUAAAACGUCUCAUUGAUCAUCCACAAGGAGGAGUAGUUCCAACGGAAGAAAGUAACGGUGCCGGCGACCCGUUCCUAAUGGAAGAACGAGAUCCAUUGUUAAGUAAUGCACUCCUUAGUAGUCUCUGGGAAAUCAAAGCCCUACAGUGGCACAUCAUACCAAGUAUCGCUAGCGCUGCGCGUUUUAUUCGGGAACCACUUCCGUCUGUCGAGUAUGAUAUGGCAUCGGCUUUAGAACGUACGGGAGGUCACUUAUUUGAUCGGGAAUUAAAAAGUAAAGUGAAAGAUAUCAUGCUAACAUUCGAAAGGCCCGAUUCGAUGACUCUGCCGAAAGGUGAAAGGUUAUUGCAGUAUUGGCAGUUAACGGCAAUGCACUGACUGACGAUAUUUGUAUUAUGCAUUACGUAUGCAUAACGUGCAAUACGCACUGCUAUUAAAAGGAAAACUGUACUUUCAAUGAGCAAGAAAACGCCAAGGAAACGACGAAGAAGUUUCUGCGUUUUUUUUAUACGUUAAGAACACAAAAAUGUAAUACGAAGAUAUUGCAUACUUUUGUAUUAUUUGAAAUCUAAAAAUAAUUGUAAAGGAAUUGAUUCGGAAUACAUUCUUUCACGAGCAACCUGUAGAUAUAUAUUUUUAGAUUCCAAUCAUGCAGUUAUCUAGCACAAUGGCUGCUUGUGAAUACUAUUGCUUAUGUUAAAUGGAGUCGUUUGUAUGCAUGAAUGUGUGAUAAUAAAAUGAAAGAUAUUUUAAUUUAAUAGAUCACGCGUGUUUCAUUUGGAAUAUGCGAUAUCUGCUUGACAAGUAA